CAAUUACCCAGUCACAAUUAAUAAAUUCACAAAUAAUUCAAUUCUUUGAUAUCCUUGGCACAAUCUUGCGCUGUAGAGACAUCUGUAGAAGAAGUGGAAAUAAAGAAGGUACAGCUGUUGAAAUGGCUGGAA